GGUUUUUCAUACCGACCGCCGUCAGAGGAGGAGUGGGCCGAGGGAAGCAUCAAAACUCUACUUUUCACGCCGCCAGCCUCAGGCAGGCGAAGCGUUUCCAAAAUCAAAACCACAAUGAUCGUAAGGCGAUUAAAGAAAUCCGGCGAUACCUUCGUAAGGCGGGAUCCAUCAUCCUAAACCAUUUUGUAAAUGGUUUUUUAGCAUCAACUACAGAUUGCCCUAAAGAAUUUGCAAGCAGGGCAGCAGCUGGGAUGUUGCGACAGGCUGUUGGAAGUAAUAAACGUGGUUUUGCCCGUUUGUCCAAUUCAAAUUUCUUUGCCUUGCCCAGCUCAGGAAACUGGAGUAUGGGCCGAAGUACUAAAAGUGGUUCAGUCAGCAGCAUCAGCUCCAACUCUGAUUGUUAUGACAGUCCAGUUGUGGAUCCAGAAUAUAUUAUGCAAUUGGUGAAUGAUGUCAGGAAGUUUGCAGAUGUACUAGAACAUUUGAAAGAAGCGUUUCAUUCAGAAGAAAAUAAAAGUUUACAUCAAAUGGCCCAUGAACGUCUCGGAGAGCUGUUAAGAGUGUUAAAGGUUGUAAUUAACAAGCAUCAGUCCUUAAAUUCGGUGGACAUUCUAAGUGCAACAGGAACAGUCAUUUCUAAAGUAAAAGGUGCAAACUACAAUGAAAUACAUGAAGACAAAAGAGAGCAUUUUAAUGAAGUAUUUGCUUCUAUUGACACUUUGGCAUUCACAUUUGGCAAUGUCAUUUCAGACUUCCUCAUGGGAGAUGUAGACUAUGGUUCAUCUUUGGGACUUCCAUUGAAUGGGCGAAGCCGUUCUUAUGAAAACCUGUCUAUGGGCUCUCAAGGAUCAAUUCAUGAAAAGGAUGACUUACAAGGAGCUCUUCGAGCAGAAGAGGUUGACAACAUGUUACUUAAAAAUGACAGUGGGAUAGAGUCAGCUCUGAUGUAUGCCAAAACUUGGUCAAAAUAUACCAAAGAUAUUUUAGCCUGGUUGGAAAAACGGCUAAAUCUUGAUAUGGAAUAUGCAAGAAGCUUUUCAAAAUUGGCAGAGUCAGCUAAGACCUUUAUUGGACAACAGGAACACAUGCCAUUUCAAUCAGUGUACAUGUCUGCUUUUGACUAUGACGUGGAGUACUGUCAGACUGUUCUUCAAACUGGAGCAGGCCUUCAAUCAAAUAAAUUUAUUCAGCCACUUCUGUUGCGAAGGAAUGAACUGGAUAAGCAACGUAAAGAAAUUAAAGAGCAGUGGCAGCGAGAACAAAGAAAAAUGCAUGAAGCAGAAACAUCCCACAGGAAAGCAAAUCUAUUGUACCUUCAACGCCAGGAAGAAUAUGAGAAGGCCAGGUCUUCUACAAUUCGAGCAGAAGAGGAACAGUUGAGUUUCAGUAGUGGGCUAACUGGAAAUUACAACAGAUAUCUUGAAAAAAAAAGAAAACUGGAAGAAGAUGCCUUACAAAAAGCUGAAGAAGCUGAAGAACAUUUCAAAGCUUCUAUAUUAGAUGCCAAUGAAAAACGAAGCAAUAUGGAAAACAUCAAGAGUGAUAUUCUUACACAGUUACGUGAAUUAGUCUAUCAAUGUGAUCUCACAUUAAAAUCGGUGACAGUCAACUUGUUUCAGAUGCAGCAUGCCCAAGUGGUCUCACUUCCUGUUAACUAUCAAUCUCUUUGUGAAAAUACCAAGCUUUAUGAACCAGGACAACAGUAUUCAGAAUUUGUCAAAAGUUUGCCAAAGGAGGAAGGUUCAAUGGAGCCAUACUUAUUUCAAUAUUCAGUUUCAUCAAAUGGUGGGCUUCCAUUUCUUAAAAGAGCAACAAAUAGCCCUCAUUCGUCACAAGGAAAUUUGUCACAGACUUCAGGAACCUCAGGUGAUCUUACUGUUCAGUCACCUGAUGUUGAAAGUCCUCAUCAUAUUAGAUCAAUUAAUCUUGGAGAAAAGCAGUCAGAUCAUGCUUCUGAUCUACAAGUCCGGAAUCAUGCGCCAUUUAGAGCUUGGUCCUCAGGCACUCAGGGGAGUGGUAUGUAUAGUGAUUCAGAAAGUGGAGGAGGAAGCAGCGAAUCACGAUCUAUGGAUUCACCCUCUGCUAGUCCAGGUGAUUUCAAGCGAAGGCUGCCCCGAACACCCUCAACAGGCACUAUGUCUUCAGCAGAUGACUUAGAUGAAAGGGAACCACCAUCACCGUUAGACAAUGGUUUAAAUGAGAUUGUGGCAGAGAUGACAAGUUCUCCAGGUCCUUUCCGCAAUACUCUUAUGUCAAAGGCAGCACAAACCCACAAGCUACGAAAGUUGCGAGCCCCAUCAAAAUGUAGAGAAUGUGACAGCCUUGUUGUGUUUCACGGAGCUGAAUGUGAAGAGUGUACUUUGGCAUGCCACAAAAAAUGCCUUGAGACUCUGGCCAUACAGUGUGGCCACAAGAAACUUCAAGGACGACUGCACUUGUUCGGGGUGGAUUUCAAUCAAACUGUAAAAAAUAGUUCUGAUGGAAUUCCCUUCAUUAUCAAAAAAUGUACGUCUGAGAUUGAAAGCAGAGCUUUAAAUGUAAAGGGUAUUUAUCGAGUGAAUGGAGCAAAAUCACGAGUUGAAAAGUUGUGUCAAGCUUUUGAAAAUGGAAAGGAUUUAGUGGAACUUUCAGAUUUGUAUGCUCAUGAUAUCAGCAAUGUGCUAAAACUGUUCCUCCGCCAGCUCCCAGAGCCUUUGAUACCAUUCCGUCUUUACAAUGAAUUUGUUGGCUUGGCCAAGGAAAGCCAUAAUAUUAGUGAUGAGAAUGAUGGAAAACCAAUCAUUCUGAAUGCACACAAAAAAGGGUCAACCAACAUAGGAAUGAAGAAAAUCCUUCUUAAGGUCAAGGAUCUACUCUGUCAGUUGCCUCAAGCCAACUACAACACUUUGCAGUACCUCAUGAACCAUCUUUGCAGGGUGGCAGAGAAAGAAGAAGAAAAUAAAAUGUCAGCGAGCAAUCUGGGAAUUAUUUUUGGGCCUACUCUUAUACGACCAAGGCAAACUGAUGCCACUGCAUCAUUAUCUUCUCUUGUUGAUUAUCCAUAUCAGGCUCAAAUGGUGGAGCUAUUCAUAACCCACUACGAAAAGAUAUUUGUUUCUUCAUUGACUCAAUUGCCAUCAGGAACUGAAACUUUAUUAAUUGAUGAGAAAGACAAGAUUAUGUCUUUGUCACAGGAAGAAGGUCUCACCGAAAACAAAGAUUAUCCAAUAACCGACAAAGAGGGUUUUGGAUUAACAGGAAAUGAAAAGGAGUCUUCAGAAACAGUAGCUUCCAAUGAUAUCCUAAAUGAGGAGAAGGAUCGAAAAUGCAACAGAAAAUGCAGUGAAUCAGAAGAUCCUGUUGAAUUGCUGAAAAGCCUACAAAAUCCACAAAAAGCAGAUGUGCACAAGUUCAACAAGUUGGCAUCGUUUGAGAAACCUAGUCAACAACCUAUUAAAGUCAAUAUGCGACCUCCCAGAUUGAAACCAGUUAUUCCAAGACCUGCAAGUUUGCCUGUUCCUGAAGCUAUGAUUUCUUACUCCCUGAAUAACAAAACUUCAAAAGAAUGCAACAAUACAAACAGUGAAAAGGAUUCUAUUAUUGAGGAAAUAUCAGAGAUGAAAAUUCCAUCUCGCCCACCUACAUGCUGCAGGCAUUCAUACUAUGAUACCCAAUCAUUACGUAGAACAUGGGACAAACAGUACAAAUUUUACGAUGUAACUCAGAAGACAGCUAUGAUUAUGGCAAAUGUUGCUCCAGAGAACAAAACCAAUGACAAUUUUUUCUCACCACCCCUUAACCAUAGUACUGGCAAUAGCUUUGCAGGUAGUUUACUCCCUAAUAAGCCAUAUGCGGUGACUGCGAAGCCAAUAAGGACCACUAAGACUGAUGGGAAUUCAUUAGAGUCUCCCGCCAUUUUUGUAUUUCGUCCUCCAAGAACCUUGCAGCCACCACCUGACACUUUUUACAAACCUCCUAAUACGAUCAGGCAUGCUGGAGACUCUUUGCCCAAACCUAUUGCAGCGUUAAUUGAUUCUUCUGAUUCUGCAAAAGGAGGGAAUGGAACACUUAAUCCUAUAGAAGAUAUUGUAAAUGAUUCAGCAAAGAAAAUGGCAAAUCCACCAAGUCCAGCCAAAGAAAGCCAAGGAGAAAAGAAACUGACAUUUCAAAGAUUACGAUCAAAACGCAUUCCGCCAGACUUUGAAAAUAGAGAGGCCUAUUUUGUGUAAAGGCCAAUUGCCUGAAAUUCUGGUGUUAAUCUACCAAGUUACCUUUUCACAUAUUGAAAAAUGUUUUAUUUUUCUAAAUUGAGGGAAGCAUGCCAUGAUACAACCCAGAAACACAACUUUGACCCAUUAAACUUCACCUCAAGGUGCAAUCUAAGUUCCUCGAGGUCAAGCUUCUUCAACACAUGGCCUACAGGCCGCAUUGCAGCCCACUGAGAGGUCCUAUUCAUCAAGCUGCUCAGGGAAAUUUAACUGCAAGAUUUUGCAAGGAGUCAUUGCUCCGUUCAAAGUCUGGUUCUCUCCGUGUUUGCUGUUAACUGGUUCAGUGGUGAGCCUAUUAGCAUUGGCUUCCAGUGAUAAGUCGUCUGUUUGGAGGAGCUGUGCAAUAUAAUCAGUUUCCUUCAACUCGAGGCCUGGUGACUUCAUGGGGUUAAGGCUCAAGAGGUUUUCAGGGAGGCGCUGGCUUGGAAGAGAUGGGAGUGGGUGGGUAGUUUAGGAUGAGAGCCAGAGGAGCUGCCAGAAGUUAGGGAGAAUGAGCGUGUCUAUCGUUGUGGGAGCGAGGAUGGGUUUGAGAGUGGGCAGGCAGUCAGGGAAGAAUGAGAGUGCAGUAGGAUUAUGGGGUUUUUGGUAAUUGAGUGUGCUGUUCGGAUUGGUAGUUGAGACUGAGCUGAACACAGCUUGCAAAAAUCUAUCCUCAAAGCAGCAAUCUACAAUCAAUUUCGUAAAGAUUCCACCAUGGCCAACUUUGUAUGUGCUCCACCAGAGGUGAACAAGGGUCAGUGUUAGUUAAAUCCAGCCCCUUGUCCCCAUCCAUUGACCAGAACUUGGGGCAUGUUCUUUUUUUUCUCUCUCUCUCUAGCUUUGCUUAACUGAAAAGGCAGAACAAAAGGUUUUAUUAGUCAGUCCUGCAGUAUGGCACAUUUUGGUGGUCCUUUUUAUUAGUUACUCAUUUAAAUGAUCAUUUGUUUUCUGAAAAUUUUGUUUACUGUUAUAGUAUCCUGAAGCUUAUUCUGAAAUUUGUUCACCAAUCCUCCCCAAGUCAGAGAAUGUGCCUCCUCCUCCACCACCAACAUGUGAAAAUAUUGAAUGACCCUGCUCUAGGUAGCUGUAUAUCAACAUAUGUCUUGCAAUUUUUUAAAUAUUUCUAAAACUACCCUAGCUUUCUAACAAAAGCUGAAGCAGUUAGUCUGAGGUAUUGAUAUUGAGUUUUAAAUAGUUGAUUUUAAAUUCUAAAGUAAUAUACAAGUAAAAAUGUAUAUUUACUCAGUAAAAUUAGAUAAUUGCUAAAAUAUAUAGCAUAUUAUAAUAUGUAGCCAUACUUGAUGGCAAUAGAAAAUGAUAGUUUUAUAGAUUUUUUUCUGUAAUCAUCCAAAGUCUUACAAGCUUUGCAUCCUCUGCUACCAUUCUUAAUUGUGCAAUCAAAACUUACUAUAGCAAUCCUUAAGAACUGCACAAACAAGCCACAAAGUAUGUUCCUUAAUGUACAAAAUGUUGAAAUGUUUCCAUAUUAAUGUUUUGUCUGUGUAUGAUAAACAGAGACUUUCAAAGUGCAAAACUUGUAGUCUUCACUCUAUAUUGAUACAUGUAGUCUAGUCAGUGACCAGAAUGAUGUUCUCAUUAGGGACUGUCUUAAAAUGUGAAUUGGAACAAUAUUACCUUUUUAAUUUGUGCUUCAGUUUAUUAUUUAUAUGAUCAUUUUGCAUAUAUACUUUUGUUUACAUUACCUUUUACACAAGACACUAAGUUACGUUAAAGCAAACAUAUUAAUUCUUGUAUAUUAAGUGUAUUGCGUUGAAAAAGUCUUAACCUUUGGAAAGUUGCCUUAUGUAAUUUAUUAAAAUCUAGGUUUUAUAUACUGUAUGUAUAUUCUAUAAUUGUUACAUAUAUGUAAACUAACUGGACACAAUCAUUUAAGACAAUUAUGAACUUUUUCUGGUUUUUUUGUUGUUGUACUAGCCAUGCUUUUAUUUGGCUGACUUAAGCCUAAGGAAAUGUGACGGUGUAAAUCAGCAUUGUUUCACAUCAAUGUUUGUAUUGACAUCCAAGAAUGCCUCAACGUUUCUGCUUUGCAUUUGUAUGUUGCAAUGUUUUAUAGGAAGUUUUUUGCCACUGAUGCACUGUUCUCCGUAUUCUUUCAGGUGAGCGAGAUUUUUAAUUUUGUGAUGAUCUCAAAAGAAAGACGAGUGAAACAUGGUUACUUAAGACAUUAUGUGAACAUUUUGGUUUGGUGUAUUUGUUAGUGUCCUACAUUUUACAGUUGACGUAAAGAAUUUUUGGGCAGUGAAAAGCUGGCAAUACUUUCAGAAUAAAGUCGGGUCACUUUU